ACUGAAUUCUUGCCCCAGUAAAAGUCCGUCUGAACAGGCUGAGACAUCUGGGUCACACAAAACUACAAAUAUAAGUACCAUUUUAGGAAACCUUUUCCUCAUUGGUUUGGCCGGAGAGGCAAGGAAUGUGUUUACAUUUGUGAAAGCUAGAAGUUGUUGAACUCUGCUCUAUAUCACUGCAGUCCUCCGUGGAUUUAUGUUCUCUUACAGAAUGAGACUUGUUUAUUCUAGAGAAAAGUUUACGGUUUUGUCCGCUGACCACAUGUGAUCUUCUAAUACAUGCCUUAAGAGUAAAGACUUAUACUCAGGGUUUCUACUGCCUCUGUACGCAUUACCAGAGAGUUCAGUGAGGGUUUCCACCAUGUUGGAGGCGUUAGUCUGUCUGGUGGGACAGUGGAUCGAUACCAAGGGGGUCCUCCUGUUCCUCUUGGUUCUGUUGGUGACCAAGUACAUCCAUGAUCUGCCGCCUAAGAACUACCCACCAGGCCCCUUCCCCCUGCCUUUUGUUGGGAAUAUGCUGAAUAUCAGCAUCAAGGACCACAUAGGCUCCUUUAAAAAGUUUGUAGAGACCUACGGGGAUGUGACUACACUAGACCUGGGUGGAGGGAACCGCUGUGUGCUCCUCUCAGGUCUCCGAGGCUUUAAGGAAGCCUUUGUGGAUCAGGCCGAUGCCUUCACCGAUCGGCCAUCUUACCCCCUGAACGACAGGAUAAGCGGAGGCUUGGGCCUGAUCUCCUCUAACGGUCACAUGUGGCGGCAGCAGAGGCGCUUUGCCGUGUCCACGCUCAAAUACUUUGGAGUGGGGAAGAAGACUCUGGAGACCUCCAUCCUCCAGGAAAGCCACUUCCUGUGUGAUGUCUACUUGGCAGAGAGAGGCCUGCCCUUUAACCCUGAAGACAUCACCAACAAUGCAGUGGCCAACAUCGUUUGCACCCUGGUGUUUGGUUGUAGGUUUGAAUACAACGACCACCACUUCCAACACAUGCUGAAAUGCUCUGAGGACAUUUUCCAGCUGCCUGCUACCUUCUGUGGACGGAUGUAUAAUCAGUUUCCCACAUUGCUGCACUAUUUACCUGGGAGGCACCAAUCAGCCUUUAUCAACCUUGGUACCAUAAAGCAGUUUAUCAAGGAGGAAGUAGAGAAACACAAAGAGGACAGGAACCCAUCCAACCCCAGAGACUACAUAGACUGUUACCUGGAAGAGAUAGAGAAGAAUCAGGAUGGGGCGGCUGGCUUCACUGAGGAGAACCUGCUGCACUGCGUGGUGGAUCUGUUUGGUGCCGGGACAGAAACUACGUCCAACACCCUUCUCUGGGCAAUGCUGUACAUGGCCAAGUACCCCGACAUUCAAAAAAAGGUGCAAGCGGAGAUCGAUGAGGUCAUAGGUUCGGCACGCCAGCCCUCAAUGGAUGACCGAGCCGACAUGCCAUAUACCUACGCUGUGAUCCAUGAGAUCCAGAGGUUUGGGAACAUUGUCCCCUUCACGCCUCCCAGAGUGGCCAAUAAGGACACCACCGUGGCGGGCUAUCUAGUGCCCAAGGGAAUGAUGGUGCUUCCAAUGUUAAAACCAAUCCUACAGGACAGAGAUGAGUAUGCAACCCCUAACCAGUUCAAUCCUGGACAUUUCCUGGAUAAAAAUGGAAAAUUUGUCAAAAAAGACAAUUUUAUCCCAUUUUCUAUAGGUAAGAGGAUGUGUCCAGGGGAGCAGCUGGCCAGGAUGGAGCUGUUUCUGUUCUUCACCUUUCUGCUCCAGAGGUUCACCUUCACACCUCCACAGGGCUGGGAGCUGGGCCUGGAGGGCCAGGUGGGCAUCACCAGUGGACCAAAGCCCUUCAAAAUCUGUGCCUUGCCUCGAUGAGACACCUUGGGUGAAUCUCUAUUGUAUUUUGUUGAUUCCUUGUGUUCUGUCUCCUUGCCUCCUUCUCAAAAUACAUUGGAGGAAUGUGGCUUGAGAAGGAUACGAGGAGGGAGGAUGUGAGGAAUCAAGAAAAUACGAUUGAUAUGAAUUUGUGUAGGACUAGGCCCUGCAUGAACUGGUUGAUGAAGAUAAAUAGCAUUGUUUGUCAAGCCUGUCUAAAAUAUUUUGUACUCUAACUGAGGAAAUAUUUGGUAGAGGUGGAGAGAAUUCCAGCAUCCAGCUGGUGCAUCAUGAUGUUUAUAUUGUAAGAGUGGUGUAUUAGAAUUGCAUUAAAAUAAACGCUGGCUAACAGGCUUAGCACUUUAAUUGGCAAAUUGGUCCAUUCGGAUCAGACCGGCUUUAUCCCUAACAGAAACUCAUUCUUCAAUCUCAGGCGCCUCUUCAAUAUUAUGUAUUCUCAGAGGUUACCCAACGUGGACCUUGCCGUCAUAUCUCUUGACGCCGAAAAGGCCUUUGACCAAGUUGAGUGGCCCUAUCUAUUCAAGGUCCUACAGAAAUUUAAUAUUGAGAUAGGUUCAUAAAUUGGAUCCAGCUUUUAUAUAGGAACCCCUGUGCCAGAAUACUCACUAACCAAUCAUUGUCGCCCGAUUUAACCUCAACAGGGGGACAAGGCAGGGUUGUGCGCUGUCGCCUAUGCUCUUCGCCCUAAUUAUCGAACCGCUCGCUCAGACGAUUAGAUCUUAUGCAGCAAUACACGGCUAUAAUACUAAAGAUACUCUAAAUAAGAUCUCCCUAUACGCAGAUGACAUCCUCCUCUAUGUAACAGAACCCCAGGCUAGUAUCCCAGCUAUUCUUGAUGUGAUCAAUUUGUUUGGUACCUUCUCGGGAUACAGAAUAAAUUGGAACAAGAGUGAAUUAAUGCCCAUACGGUCGCAAAAUACCUCCUGGCUAGAACAUCUCCCAUUUAAGUUAUCUUCAGAAAAAUUUACCUACCUAGGAAUUGUAGUUACCAAACAAUACUCCUUACUAUUUAAAGAGAAUUUCCCCUCUCUGAUA